AUGAAAGGGGCAAUUGAUGAGGGAAAGGAUAUAAGUCCAAUGUUCCCUAGGUUGCAUGUGAAGGAUGCAGAGAAAGGAGGGCCAAAAGCACCUCCAAGGAAUAAGAUGGCUCUAUAUGAACAAUUUAGCAUUCCUUCACAAAGUAUUGCAGCAGGAGGACCAGGUUCUGGAUCCUUGUUUUCUCUUCCUUUAAGAAACUGCACAGUUCCUACAACAUCAAGCCAUCUUGGUUAUAAUGAAAGCAUCAAGUUCUGCAGCUCCAAAUCCAAUGCAAUUUCUAUUCUAUCUGAGAAGACUCAAGCCUAUAAUUCAAGAAAGAUUAACUUAACGAAGUUGACACAAGAUAAUUACAUCAAUAGUAGUAAGAGUUCUCUUAAAACACUUGAUGGUGAAGAUGCUCAUAUAACUCCCAGUUCUGUUCAUGUAAAAAGUUCAUUUUAUGGUGGCGUCGUCCAAAAUGAAAAAGAUGAAGACAAACUUGCUCGCUGCAAUUUGAGCUUUUCGUUUAAAAGUCUAAAUUCAUUUGGAAAGGUGAUGAAUUCAUCUGGAGCCAUAGGGCUGAAAUCACCCCAGUAUGGGAAGAACCAAAUGGAAGAGCAUAAAGAUGUGAGUCAAAUUGAUCGAAAGGCAAAGGAAAAAUCUCCUCACUCAUUAAAUGGUUUUGACGAAACAACAAAUGAAUCGUCAAACUCAUCGGCUAAAUAUACGAAUUCUAAAUCAAUGAAAGAAGAAAUUAAAAGUGUUUCAGUAGAUAGCUUGAAAACAUUGCAAGGUAGCAAUGGUCAUAGACAUGAAGAUCAUGCAGCUUUUGUAGACAAAAACAACUUCAGAGAUCAUUGCAUGGAGAAGCCAGCAAUGAGUGAUGUCCAAAAAUGUUCUGGUGAGUUAGAAAUCGGUAGAAGGUCCUUACAUGGAAAGGGAGAGAGGAGUCGAGGUGAGGAGACUAGUAGAAAUUAUGAAGCCUUGAAUAAAUCAAGCUCAGAAUGUAGGUUUGGUCUGGAUAUCAUCCCUGACGAUGUCGUAGGACUAAUAGGUGAAAAGCAAUUUUGGAAAACAAGAAAAACUAUCAUCAAUCAACAGAGAAUCUUCUUCACGCAAGUGUUUGAGUUACAUAGACUUAUCAAGCAGGUCCAAAGAUUAAUUGCAGGAUCACCUAAUCUAUUGUUUGAAGACAACCUUCUACUUAACAAACCACCAACGAAAACAUCCUCCUCCGAAAAACUACAAUCUGACUUUAUCGGUGAACAACAUUUGACCGUUUUUAAACAUGACAGCAAGUUCGACAAAGCCUCUACGUCCGAGGAUGUUAAAAUCAGUGCAGUUGGGAACAUUCCCUUUCCUUGUGUGAACAACAUAAGCAAAGAACAUAAUCGGCUUUCAUAUUAUGGCAAUCAUCAUUUAGGAAAUCUUGCAUUAGCCUCUGCAGAUAAAAAUUCAAAUUCCAUUUCCAUUUCCAAACAACCCUCAAGCAUUGUAUACCCUCCGCCGCCAAACCAAUGGUUAGUUCCUGUCAUGUCUCCAUCUGAAGGUCUUGUAUAUAAGCCAAUCAUUGGACCAUGCCCUCCAAAUGCCGGUGGCAUCAUGGCACCACUUUACGGUGCUUGUGGUGCAUUGAGCUUGAAUCCAGGAACCAAAGAUGUUUUAGAGCCAUCUCUUACAAGUUUUCAUCAAAAGAUUGGAAUCCUUUCUGGUUCAUCAUUACCACAACUGUUACCACCAUGCGUUCCUUCUUUCAUGCAUAGAUCUAUAUCAGCUUCAUCUGUUGAACAAAUGGGACAAUCUAGUGGUCCUAAAAAUCAUCACUCAUAUGCCGAACUCAAUUCAGCAAUAUUGUACCAGAGUCCUUCAAACAUGUCUACUCAGAUAAGCCAAGUAAUGUCAAGAAAUAUUUCAACUUAUCAAUCAUUGGAAGAUAAUAAAGAAUUACAGGCAAGUACAGCCAGUAGUCCAUCCAAGAGAAUGAAAGGAGAUGAACUUCCUUUAUUUCCACUGGCUCCGACAUUUUGGUCAUCGCCAGAUCGCGACUCGCAUGUUGAACAUCAGUCAAAAGUAAUCAAAGCUCUUCCUCAUAAUAAAAAAUCAGCAAGUGAAUCAGCAGCCAAGAUAUUCAUGUCAAUACAAGAUGAAAGGAAACUUUUGUAA